GCCGUGGCCGCGCCGCGUCCGCCGCCCGAGCCCAGUCGGGAUGGGGAGGGAGCCCGCGGCUGCCGGCGGCUACCGAGACUCCCGCUGACGCCCCCGAGCCCGCAGCCUCCUCCGCUCGUCUGAAGAGGCGCCCGACGUCCCAACUGCUCCAGCAGUGAGAGUCCGGAGAGACCCCUGGACCCCUGAGGCCGCGAGCUCAGGACAGAGCAAAAGACUGAGCUAUGAUAGCAACCGGUGGUGUGAUAACCGGCCUGGCUGCCUUGAAAAGGCAAGACUCUGCCAGGUCACAGCAUCAUGUCAGCCUCAGCCCCUCGCCUACUGCCCACGAGAAGAAACCAGUCAGGCGGCGGCCUCAGGCCGAUGUCGUAGUCGUUCGAGGCAAAAUCCGGCUUUAUUCCCCAUCCGGUUUCUUCCUCAUUUUGGGAGUGCUUAUCUCCAUUGUAGGAAUUGCAAUGGCAGUCCUUGGAUAUUGGCCCCAAAAAGAACAUCUUAUUGAUGCUGAGACGACACUGUCAACCAACGAGACUCAGGUCAUUCGGAACCAAGGUGGUGUGGUGGUCCGCUUCUUUGAGCAACAUUUGCAUUCUGAUAAAAUGAAAAUGCUUGGCCCUUUCACCAUGGGGAUUGGCAUUUUCAUAUUCAUUUGUGCCAAUGCCAUUCUCCAUGAGAACCGGGACAAAGAAACCAAAAUCAUACACAUGAGGGAUAUCUAUUCCACAGUUAUCGACAUCCACACACUGAGAAUCAAGGAGCAAAAGCAUAUGAAUGGCAUCUACACUGGGUUGAUGGGAGACACAGAAGUAAAACAGAAUGGGAGCUCCUGUGCCUCGAGACUGGCCGCAAAUACCAUUGCCUCUUUCUCGGGUUUUAGGAGCAGUUUUCGGAUGGACAGCUCUGUCGAGGAGGAUGAGUUUGCACUAAACGAAAAUAAGAGUUUGGGGCAUCUCAUGCCCCCUUUGCUUUCAGACAGCUCCGUCUCCGUCUUUGGCCUCUAUCCACCUCCCUCCAAGACGACUGAUGAUAAGACCAGCGGCCCUAAGAAAUGUGAAACCAAAUCAAUUGUGUCAUCGUCCAUCAGUGCUUUCACAUUGCCUGUGAUCAAACUUAAUAACUGUGUUAUUGAUGAGCCCAGUAUAGAUAACAUCACUGAAGAUGCUGAGAACCUCAAAAGUAGGUCAAGGAAUUUGUCGAUGGAUUCGCUCAUGGUCCCUGUGCCCAAUGCCAAUGAGUCCUUCCAGCCAGUCAGCACCGUUUUCGCAAGGAAUAAUUCCACUGGGGAGUCGUUGUCGAGCCAGUACAAGUCUUCUGUGGCCCUCGGACCCGGGGCUGGACAGCUCUUGUCUCCUGGGGCUGCUAGAAGACAGUUUGGGUCCAAUACUUCUUUACAUUUGCUCUCGUCACAUUCAAAAUCCUUAGACUUAGACAGGGGUCCCUCCACCCUAACUGUUCAGGCAGAACAACGGAAACACCCAAGUUGGCCUCGGUUGGAUCGAAGCAAUAGCAAAGGAUACAUGAAACUAGAGAAUAAAGAGGACCCCAUGGAGAGGCUGCUUGUACCCCAAGCUGCGAUCAAAAAAGACUUUACCAAUAAGGAGAAGCUUCUCAUGAUUUCAAGAUCUCAUAACAAUUUGAGUUUUGAACAUGAUGAAUUCUUGAGUAACAACCUAAAGCGGGGAACUUCUGAAACAAGGUUUUAAUGUUCAAAAAUAUAUCAUUUUACAAGGAUAUAUAUUUUAAAACUAUUUUCACUGAUGUUUCCC